UUUUCGUCCUACGGAAACGUACAGAAGUAUUGCUCAGAACGCUGAGCAAUAUUAAGUCUACCCUGAAGACUGGCAUUGUGGCGUUUGUGUGUGGAUAUCAUUGGAGGAAAUGAAGUAGCACCUCACUCAAGACCAUUUAUGGCUCUAAUCAGAGAAGAAAAUGGAGCAAAAAUUUGCGGAGGAGCUUUGAUCAAGGAAAACUGGGUGUUAACAGCUGCUCACUGUGAUAUGAAAAAAAGCCAGGUUAUUCUUGGAGCUCAUUCACUGGGAAAAAAAGAGAGAGAACAACAAGUUUUUCAGAUUGCAAAACGAAUUCCCUACCCAUGCUACUCUCCUAAUAAUAAGGAAAACGAUAUAAUGCUGCUGCAGCUUAAAAAAAGAGCAAAACUUAAUAAAGCUGUGAAAAUCAUUCCGUUGCCUAACUCAGAUGAUGAUCCCAAAGAUGGAACAAUUUGCACAGUAGCAGGAUGGGGACAAACUGCCAAUAACUUGAAAAAGGCUUCUAAUACACUAAGGGAAGUCAACAUCACUGUCAUCAACAGAAGGAUCUGCAACGACUGGAAGCAUUAUAAUGGCAGGCCUGUCAUAACAGAGAAUAUGAUAUGCGCUGGGGCUAGGAGAGGAGGAAAGGACUCAUGUUCUGGGGAUUCAGGUGGACCAUUAAUAUGCAAUAAUGUGAUGAGAGGCAUCACUUCUUUCGGAAAGGCCAACAAGUGCGGUGCUGUUGACAGCCCUGGCAUCUACACUCGACUGACAAAGCAAUACCUUCAAUGGAUAAGAAAAACCAUAGGGGGAGAUAUACAGAUUGGAUUUUGACCAGCCAGUUUCCUACUUUGCGCUUGUGUAACAAACCUUGUUUUGCAAUAUGCAUUAUAAAAUAGCUUCAUGAUAGUGGUAAAAGAGGUAUUCCCAUGCUGGGCUUUAGCAGGUUUCUUUCCUUAGGGAUGAAACUGCCUAUGUCUGCUCUCAGAAUAAGCAUGAUCUUAACAGGGCCAGAACAGAGCACCCUCCAUCAACAGCAUUUAUAGUUUAUACUCUUAAGCAUGGAGUCAUUAGACAGGUAUUUGUGACUCACGCUUCUGAUAUUCUUGUUCUGGACGUUUAGACCAAGCUCUAUACAGAUGAAUAUUUCUGACCAAGAACCUACUCCCGCUGUUUGGUUCCUGACUGCAUGUUAAGUAUAUACUGCAUUCUCCUGUAUCUAUAUUUCUGCAAACAACCCUGAAAGUUAAUGAGGUGCCAGGUACAACUCUAGAUACCUGAAAAACUCUGCAGUUUCUCUGCAGCAGAACUCCCGAUUUUAGAGGUGGAGGGAACUGGUAAGCUUUAGGAAAUGAAGUCUCAGCUGGAUCAUUUGGAUAGUUGGAUUUGAGACACAAUAAGUAUUUUCUAACUUUCAUGCAUUUGAAACCUCUGUCUUUCACCCUUUAAUGUACUUUGCAUUUA